AAUAUGGACAAAACAGAAAGGUGGCAACAACUAGAAUUGUAAAGGGGGCUACAGGGUAAUGAGGAAAGGAAAGAAAUAUACUAAAAACAGGCGCUAGAUUGUUUGAACGGAUGGAGAGAAGGCCAGAGAGAUGAUGGAGGAUCUGAGAUCCCUUAGAAGAGGACUGCCAGAGCAGCGAUGGCAGCAACGGCCGGGACAGCAGCCAGCGAGCUGGCGCCCGAGUUGCCGCCUGUGGUCGUGGCCUUGCUUGAGGGCUUGCUCGCGGAUCCCUUGGACUCGUCAUCAGAGCCGGCAGACAGGUCGUCGUCCAAGAGAGCCAGAGGCGUCACUAUCGGUAUCGGAGGCAGCGUCCGAGCCAUUGGUGGUGGCGGCAGAGGAGCCAGGAGACGAGCCACCAGUAGUAGCAGCGGCAGAGUUGUCCCUCAGUAUCGCUGCCAGUGCCAGCAGCAGACGAGUCGGUGGAGGGGACCGAGACACCGGUGGUGCCAGAUGCAGCAGUCUCGCUGUCCAGUAGCGUUGCCAUCACUGGUGGCAGCGGUGGCGUCGGUAGCAUCAGUAGCAUCGGUGGCAGCGGUGGCAGCGGUGGCAUCGGUAGCAGCGGUGCCAACAGCGCUCGAGGGGAUGCUAGACACAGCAGUGUCGGCAGCGCUAGAGUCCUGAGCAAUAACGGCAGCAGAGACGGCCAGGAGAGCAACGGCGGUAGCAAACUUCAUUUUGUUAGGUAUUUGGUGAUUAAGAUGGGUAAAAGAGUAGAAGCUGGCUACGGGUCUUGCCGAUUAGAGGACUGAGAAAAUGAGGAAAGCGCU